AUGGAUCAACAACAAUUUGCAAUAUUAAAGGAUUUUAUCCAACAUAAACAAUACCCACCAUACUAUAACAAAAAUCAGCGACAAAAAUUAAAGGCCCAAAGUAGAUUUUUCGUUGUCAAAGAGGGAACGCUCCCAUUUUAG